AUGCAUUGGAAUACUGUUUCUAUUCAAAAUGCAUUGUGGUUUUUCUUUUUAUCAGUAAUACUAUCUCAGCAUACAACACAGUGUGCAAAUUCAUCGUUGGAUGUAAAGAACCCUGAUACUUGGAAAGAACUGGCAGAUGAACGAUUCAAGCAAUUCGAACAAUCCUUCCUCUGGUCAGUGGUAAAACCACCGAAAAAUGUUAUCCUGUUUAUUGGUGAUGGAAUGAGUUUGAAUACAGUGACUGGUGCAAGAUACUUGAAGGCAGAGAAAAUGAAUUUACUAGGUGGUGAUGUACAAUUGGUGUGGGAUGAUUGGCCUGUGGCAUCACUUGUUCGUACAUUUAACUCAGAUAGACUGACAACGGAUUCGGGUGCUGCAGCAACAGCCUUUAUGUCAGGUGUUAAAGGCCCUUUUAAUACUGUUGGAAUUACUGGCACAGUGAAAUGCUGCGAAUGUACUGAGCUAAAAGAAGUGGAAAGGGCGAAAUCCUCUAUUUAUUACGCUUCGAGGGCAGGACUAUCUACUGGCAUAGUAACCACUACUAGGGUUACUCAUGCCACCCCAGCAGCAGCCUACGCAAAUAUACUACAUCGAGACUGGGAGUCAAAUGGGUCAACCAGUAAGUUAGGAUACCACUGUGUGGAUGCUGCUGUCCAACUACUCACGAAUGCCUCUGAUGUGAACGUUGUAAUGGGUGGAGGUGCAACAGGAUUCUAUGGGGGAUCAAGAAAAUCGCCUUUUCGGCGAGUGGAAAGCGAUCAGAUUCACGUGACCUCCUCAGUGAAUGGCGCGACAUACAAACUGGAAAGCAACGCAAAAGACAAAUUGGUCAUCGUCGAUUAUGUUCUUGGUUUGUUUGCUCCCGAGCACAUGGAUUACUACAUUGAUAAUUCGGACCAACCGAGUUUGGCUGAUAUGACAGAAGCUGCCAUCAAAGUACUCUCUCGUAACCCAAAAGGUUUUCUUCUCUUGGUCGAAGGAGGCAGAAUUGAUCACGGUCAUCACAAAAGUCAAGCUAAACAUGCUUUAACUGAAACAUUGGAGUUUGAAAAGGCAAUUGAUAGAGCAUCAACACUUGUAAAGGGAACUGACACAUUAUUGAUGGUGACAGCUGAUCAUUCUCAUGCAUAUGGAGUGAUUGGUUAUCCAUCGAGGAACUUGAGUGUAUUCGACGUGGGUGACGAUUUAAAAGCUGCCGAUAAUAAGUCUUACUUAAUAUCCUCCUAUUUCAAUGGACCAAGAGGUUUGGUGAAUGAAUUUCGAUCUGAUCCUGCAACCGAAGAUCGAUUUGCCAACAACUAUACAGCACAAUCAUUCUUUAGACUUAAUUAUGCUACACACGGUGCUGAAGAUGUUCCAAUAUAUGCAAAGGGUCCAUUCAGUCAACUAUUUCAUUCUGCAUCCGACAACACAUUCAUCGCAUAUGCAACCAUGUACUCGCUGUGUAUUGGACCUUACGUCAAUAAGACACAUUGUUCCGGUGGGUACAAUGCAUCAAAUAGCAGGUUACCUCAAAUGAAAUAUUACUUAGUGUUACUGAGUUUCAUAUUGUACAAUUUUUUGAAUUGA